ACGUCAGUGGGCGGAGCUUCAGUCCACCUUGACGAUCAGGUAGAUUUAGGGGAAGUUUUAAAAUACGUGACGUAACUUCAGCGUUAAUGUAUCCAAUAUAUUGGCACCUUCUCGAGGACAGUGCAUUGGAUCACUAAGCCAAACUGUUGGCCCUUCCACGAACAUAUUACACCUUGUGUGGACUAGACCUACACCAUGCCCACCAGCGACAAUGGCAGCGGGAGGCACUUAUCAGAGCCCCGCUGCUCCAUAGAGGAUCGCGACCCUUCGUUGCUGAGCAACCAGAACAAUAACUACCAGGAGCGCAGCGUUGACCCGCCAGAAAACCUCCCUAAGGACAACCGGAGAAAGGACUCCACCCUUCCCCAUAGAGCCCACCUGAAGUACUCCGACGGGCAAGCGGACGAGACGGUCGGCUUCAUCACCGUCGCCAACGAGCCCGGGGGCGGGGCUUGCUCCUGCGGGCGCUGCCGGAGCCUGGUGUGCAGGGUCCUGACCUGCGGCCUGUACAGGGUCUGCCAGCGCACCCUCUGUGCGCCUUGCUUGACCGCCCCUCCCACCCAACCCGAGAACAAGGAGCGCACUAAGGAAGAGGAGGAGGAGGAGGAGGACCGCGAUGAGCCGGCCUGGCUGGAAGACGUCCACCUCGACGGGGUCAAAGUGGACUUUAAGCCAAGCGCUCCUGACAUUGAACGGGAGGCGCCCUCUUCCUCCAACGUCCGCCCGGCCAGCCACAAGCCGCCCCAGCCGCCGGACAAGACCAGCCGCCGGUCGUACGACUCCAUCGACAGGGAGGAGGAGGAGGAGGAGGUGCCGUACAGCGGCGAGGGCGUGGACGCCCUCAUCACCAAGAAGCUGCUGGCGCUCUACACGGAGUACCAGAUCGAGGAGCUGGCCCGCUGCACCACCGACUCGCUGUUCCUGCGCAAGUCGACGGAGAUCCACCAGCUCAUCAACUCCCUGGCGGUGGAGCACGAGAUGGACGAGCAGGAGGCGGAGGGCCGGCUGGUGAGGGGAAUCAUCCGCAUCAGCACGCGCCGCAGCAAGAAGGGCGGGCGGCCGCACGACGCGGUGAGCGAGAGGACGCUGUCGGACAGCGGCAACGAGACCAUGCGGAACAGCGACUCUUGCAGCAACAACAAUGACUACAAAUCAAGUCCUAACUUCCAGAUAUCAGAUGUCACACAUUCUGACAUGUAUGCCAGGAAUAUGAGGAGGAACAACAGCGAUGGUCGCUCUGUUCCAUACUCAGACACCAUGUUAUCAUCGGGUGUCUCAGUCGCUCGCACCUCCGUGAGGACGUGAUCCUGAGCCUCCAGGGACGAGACAGGAAGAUGCCCGCAGCGCAGGAUCCCCCAGGGGCAUCCAUGGCACAGUAGUAGCACCCCACCCCCCCCUCCCCUUCCAUCCCAGGCAAGCUCGCCUCUGGAAGUACUGACUGUUUUCGUACGCUUUGUUUGUAUGUGUGUCAGUUGUGUGGAACCUCGGGUGUUGAAGGAGGUCCGGGUACUCUGGGCUAGCGGUUGGUCAGUGGGAAGAAUUCAUUCACCGUCCCCAUGAACGCCCCUACACGAGAGCUGGCCUCUUAAUGGAGGUCCGUUGGUAGCUGGCUUGCCAAGACGGCGGAAAGACCACUGUGGUUUCCCCUCCAAUCUUGGUGACCCAGCACUCGGUGACCCUCCUCGUGUAUUCCAAAAAAUGUAACCGUCCCCAUGGUCUGUUUGAGAGGGAAAAUGUACUUUAGCUUUCAUUAGAACAUGACUUUGGUUGGUUGCUGAGGUUGUAUUUAAUGAGCCGGGCCAACCAAAGACAUUUGAGUCCCUUUGAACCCUUGGUGGUCUUUUGGAAUGGACCGGUAGCAGGAAUAACUUAUCUAAGGUCAUGGUUUUUACGUGAAGCUCUGUGACGCUCUGAGAAUGGUUCACAAUGUGCUCAUGGUCCUAUUUACAGCAGUGAUACCUGAAGAAUGUGUAUAAUUGAUAGAAUUUCUUCCGGACUUUGAAGUGUAAUCUCCGAAGCUCUCCUUUUAGUUAGGAGCAAACCGCACACCUGCUACCCACACAAGUCAGCUGAAGAGCGAGUCUGCUGCGAUAGCUUCACCUACCCUCUAUUGCGGAACAACCUCUUCUGGGGGAUGUAAAGCGCUUGAUUUGAAUGCUAGCCAGUACGCCGCCACUGACACCCAGUUGAUAACAUCCUCUAGUCUAGCUUUAAUGGAAGGAUACUUUGUUUGUCUCUCCUUCGAUUUACUUAACAACCAUUCAUCAAACGACUUCGCACUUGGCGGGUGUAUCAGGUCCCAAGGAGGGGCAGUGUCCAGCAUGAGGUUGUUUGGAUGAGCAGUUCUGGGAAAAAGCUGCAAGCGGCAAUGCUUGAGGCCAGGCAGUGGUCUAUUCCAAACAGGCACGUUGUGAAUGGGCAAUGCACUAUUACUGCAAAUGCAAGGGCUUUCUUCAGUUGGCCAUUGGCUCAAUCACACUUGUGCUGCCUCGCUGGGCAAUGGAGACUGACUUCAUUGACAUUUAUUUAAAGAGAAUCAAUGCAGAUUUUCCCGAUUGCUACAUCAAUUGAAGAAUGAUAUCCGAGUGCGAGUGCGUAAUUUUGUAACAUAACACCACUAGGAAAUGUAUUUUUGAUACAAAAGAAAAGUCAAACAUAUAACCAUUGGUUCCAUUACAUGGAGUACAAUUUGUGCUUCUCUUUAAAGGAAAGAUGCAAUCUUUGAAAUUGAAUCCUCAUCCGUUAUUAGAGUGAACACCUUCGUACAUCGUAUGUCAACACAUGCUCUUUGGUUAACCUAUCUAAGUGACACAGUUAGUUAGUCCACAUCUUUAUGUUUUGCACAAAGUUUGUAUUGCGAGGCGACGUCCAAGCCCGUUCAAGUUCCAGUGGGAAUUUUGCCAGCUGACAUUGCUGGAAUUCGCCCUUGCUUAUCAGCAUUUUGUGUGGUUGUAGUGAACAUGGACUGUGGCGUAGUUUAGCUUAAAUACCUUGCAGUGGAAAGGCCAAUGUCUGAUGACCCUGUUGAUGUUUUUUGCAGUUAUUGCUAUAUACUGGAAUGCUCCUUCGGCUCAUGUAAAUGUCUCUUCCUAUGUUUUGUCGUUAAGGAAUUUGAUAAGCAAAAUCAAUAGUGGGAAUGUUGAGCUAUUUAUUUGUGUUCAGAUAUUAGAAGAGGAUAUGUAUAUAAUAACGGUCUAUUAUGUGAUAUGCCAGUUUGCUUUCCAGGAAACCACUGAAUUAUUUAGCAGGUCCGUGAAACCGGUUAUUCAGGUUGAAACCAAAGAGUCACAGAAGUCUGGUUGUUUGUGGUUUGUAGAUGUUUGCCGGUGUGUCAAAAAAAAUGCAAAUGUAAAUGCUGUCUAUAUUUUACAAUUUCAACAAACUAUGUGAUUUGAGCUUAUUAAAUUGCUUGAUACUCCA